AAAGAAAAAAAGAAAAAUGAAAUAUACGCAUUAUGUUUACAACAUAUUAAAUUAGCAAAUCGUAAUCAAUUUGUCCUCACUAAAGAAGAAAGUCAGGUGUGUUAUGAGUGUUUGCAACAUCAAUCAAAAAAGAUGGAAACUUGUUCAAGUUGUUAUUUUGCUCUACUUUGUUCAGAAUGUUGCAAAAAUCAACAUAAUAAAGAAUUUAAUUGUAAAGUACUAAUGAGCCAGAGUUAUAUGAUUAAAAUUCAAAAUGAACAAAAUGACAACCAAAUUUAUGAAAAUUCAAAUUUAUCUUUUACACGUUGCAUUUCUAGUGAAAAAUCUAGGAUGAAUAGUGAACAAUUGGAAAUUCUUAAAUACAUUUCUUCGACUUUAGUAUCAUCACAGUUUUCAAAAACAUCGGACUACUCAUCUUCAGAUGAUGCAAGUAAUUACAAUCAGUCUAAGCAGUCUAAGCAGUCACAAGACAAAGUUAUAAACGAACCCCACUCAAGAAACUACGAAUUUAAAGAUGAGUCUAAUUAUUCUAGUAGUAAUAAAAUGUUCGAUUCAGUAUCAUCAAAAAGCAGCAAUAUAAGUGUCAGAAGACGUAGUAACGAUCUAGAUUACGACUCGAACAAUUCGUCGAAUGUUCAUUCGGAUAUUGAAGUUACUAUUGAGGAUACGCGUAAUUACUCUAAGCAGUCUAAGCGGUAUAAUGAGUCUGAUCAGUCACAAAAAUCAACGAAAUACAAAAACAAAAACACUAAUAGCAGGGUCAGAAGUCAAAGUAACGGUCUAGAUUACGACAAGAAGAAUUAUAUUCGCACGGAUAGUGUGGUGAAAUUGCAAAAUAAAAAUGAACAAAAUGACAGGAGAUCGCGACAAAAAAAUGCAAAAAAAAGAAAUAAAAAACUUAUCCUUAACAAUCAAGUAAAUGUACUUGCUAUAUCUACUAUGAAAUACAGAAUGAUUAGAUCACCGGGUUGUUGGAUACCAAUAUUUAUGUUCAUCAAUCGUGGUUCAUAUGAAGACGUAACUAUAUUACAAAAUGUAAUAAGCCCAGGAAUGCCAUAUAUUUUAAUGGUUGAAAAAAAUGGACAAGUUUACUAUAAGAUCAAUGCUAAUCAAUAUGACAUGUUGAAUAACUACAGUUUGAUAUAAAAUCACUUUAAUAUAUGGAUGAGAAUCAUAGAUUUAUGUUAUAUAGAUAUUAAAAAUUAUGGAACACAACUUCAAUAAAAAUAAUAAGGAAAACUAUCAAUGUAUUUUAAUGAAAAUAAACACAACAUAUAAAUAUUUUAAUGACUUUUUUCGUUAGAUCGUUAAGAACUAUCAUUAUAUGCCUGAUAUAGUAUAUAUACCUUAUUUA